AUGAAGGAACACUUCGAAGCAAAGGUCGGCUUACACCAGGGAUCGGCAGUUAGCCAACUGCUAUUCAAUAUAGUGUUUAAAAUCAUCACGGAAAAUGUAAGAGAAGAAACACCACGGUGCGUAUUGUACGCUGAUGAUAUUCUGCUAAUGGCAAAUAGUAGAAGAGAGCUAGAAAGGAAACUAGAAGAAUGGAGGCUUGUUGUAGAAAGCAGAGGAAUGAGAAUAAGCAGGUCCAAGACAGAAUAUUUCACCAAAGAUGUAGAUGGUGACCAACUAGCCACAAUAAAGCUAGAUUUCAAAGUGGAUGGAAUAAUUGGAGAAAAGUGUCAGGAGUGUUGUGCAGCACCAUUGAAGAAGUUAGAAGAAAAGAAGUUGGACGUAGCUGAGAUGAAGAUGUUGAGAUGGAUGGUUGGAAUCACAAGGAGAAACAGAAUAAGAAAUGUCUACAGUGGAAGUAGUGGAAAAUUCAGGAGGCAAGACUAA